GUGUCGCGGCGCGUCCCGUUCCCGUCCCGCUGCGGAGGCGCCGAGCCAUGUGGAGCCGCUACCGGGCAGCGGGGCGGCUGCUGAGCCUCAGCCGGUCCUGGAAGCAGAAGUCAUGGCGGUGGAAGAGCGUUUCCGCUAGUGAAAGAGCGCUGCAGUACCGGGUGGGAGAGCAGAUCCACGGCUUCACGGUCCGCCAGGUGACAGCUGUUCCUGAGCUCUUCCUGACUGCAGUGAAGCUUAGUCAUGAUAAUACAGGAGCCAGAUAUUUACAUGUGGCUCGAGAGGACUCCAAUAAUCUCUUCAGUAUACAAUUCCGUACCACUCCAAUGGACAGCACUGGCGUCCCACAUAUCCUUGAACAUACUGUAUUGUGUGGUUCUCAAAAGUAUCCUUGCAGAGAUCCGUUCUUUAAAAUGUUGAACAGAUCUCUCUCCACUUUCAUGAAUGCAUUCACAGCUAGCGAUUACACACUCUAUCCAUUUUCAACACAAAAUCCCAAGGAUUUUCAGAAUCUCCUUUCAGUGUACUUGGAUGCAGCUUUCUUUCCAUGCUUGAGGCAACUAGAUUUCUGGCAAGAAGGUUGGAGGUUAGAACACGAGAACCCGACUGAUCCUGAGACACCUCUAGUCUUCAAAGGAGUUGUUUUUAAUGAAAUGAAAGGGGCAUUUACAGAUAAUGAGAGGUUAUUUGCACAGCACCUGCAGAAUAAACUCCUUCCGGAUCACACUUACAGUGUGGUAUCUGGUGGAGAUCCAUUAAGUAUUCCUGAUCUUACCUGGGAACAGCUUAAACAGUUCCAUGCUACACAUUAUCAUCCAAGCAAUUCCAGGUUUUUCACUUACGGUAAUUUUCCACUGGAGCAACAUUUGAAACAAAUUCAUGAGGAAGCACUGAUAAAAUUUCAAAGAAUUGAGUCAAAUACUGACAUCCCAAAACAGAAACUCUGGGAAAAGCCUAGAGAACACUGUAUAAAAUGUGGUUUAGACUCAUUUGCUGCAGAUCCUUCCAAGCAGACAACUGUCAGUGUCAGCUACCUGUUGACAGAUAUUACAGAUACUUUUGAAACCUUCACACUAAGCCUGUUGUCUUCCCUGUUGGUUGAUGGGCCUAAUUCUCCUUUCUAUAAAGCUUUAAUUGAGUCUGGUGUUGGUACAAACUUUUCUCCUGAUGUUGGGUUUAAUGGCUCAACAAGAGAAGCAUAUUUCAGUGUGGGUCUGCAGGGUAUUGCUGAGAGAGAUGUUGAUACUGUGAAACAGAUUAUUGCUAGAACAGUUGAUGAAGUUAUUGUGAAAGGAUUUGAAGAAGAUAGAAUUGAAGCUCUACUUCACAAAAUUGAAAUCCAACUGAAGCAUCAAUCUACAAGUUUUGGACUUGCCCUGACAUCUUAUAUAGCAUCCUGCUGGAAUCAAGAUGGGGAUCCAGUGGAGCUUCUGAAGAUUGCAGAUAAAGUCUCUCAGUUCAGGCAGUGCCUUAAAGAGAAUCCCAGAUUUCUUCAGGAAAAAGUUGAAACUUAUUUUAAGGAUAAUCCACACAGAUUGACUCUGUCAAUGAGUCCAGAGGAAGCCUACUAUGACAAACAAGCAAAAAUGGAAGCAGAAAAACUGAAACAGAAGAUCAAUGCUCUUUCUGGAGAAGAAAAAAAACAAAUCUUUGAGAAAGGUUUGGAAUUAAUUGCUCUUCAAAGCAAGCCUGAGGAUACCUCUUGUCUCCCAGCUUUAAAAGUGUCUGACAUUGAGCCCCAAAUCCCAUUCACAGUGCUGGAGACAGCACUUGCAGCUGAUGAAAUUCCUGUCCAGUACUGUGCUCAACCAACCAAUGGGGUAGUGUAUUUCAGAGCUGUUUCCAGCUUGAACACGCUUCCAGAGGAGCUCAAACCAUAUGUGCCACUUUUUUGCAAUGUCAUUACAAAGAUGGGAUGUGGAGCUCUUGAUUACAGGGAACAAGCCCAGAAAAUAGAGCUAAAAACAGGUGGGAUGUCUGUCAGCCCACAUAUUAUUCCAGAUGAUUCACACCUGGAUGCGUAUGAACAGGGUGUACUCUUUUCAUCUCUGUGCUUGGACAGAAAUCUGCCAGACAUGAUGCAUUUAUGGAGUGAAAUAUUUAACAACCCUCGGUUUGAGGAGGAAGAACAUUUUAGAGUACUAGUUAAGAAGACCGCCCAGGAGCUGUCGAAUGGAAUUCCUGAUUGUGGGCAUUUAUAUGCGUCUAUUAGAGCCAGCAGAAACCUUACUCCUUCUGGAGAACUGCAAGAAAUGUUCAAUGGGAUGGAUCAGGUGAAACUGAUGAAGAGAAUAGCAGAAAUGUCUGAUAUUAAACCAGUACUACGCAAACUACCACGCAUUAAGAAGUAUUUAUUAAAUAGUGACAAUAUCAGAUGUUCAGUAAAUGCUGCACCUCAGCAGAUAUCAGAAGCAUCUAAAGAAGUAGAGAAAUUCAUAAAGUGCAUAACUAAAAGUAAAAAAGAGAGAAAACCUGUCCGUCCUCAUGUGAUUGAGAAAUCUUCAGACAUCAAACCUGUGGGAUGUGAUAUGCUUAAUUCUUUGCAGAUCACAAGGAAACUAAUUAAUGAUCCUACUUUCAAACCAUGCCAGAUGAAGACCCAUUUUGUACUUUCCUUCCCAGUCAACUAUAUUGGGGAAUGCAUUCGAACAGUUCCCUACACUGCUCCAGACUAUGCAAGCCUUCGAAUUCUUGCACGGUUGAUGACAGCUAAAUUUCUGCAUAGAGAAAUCAGAGAGAAAGGAGGGGCUUAUGGUGGAGGUGCUAAACUCGGUCACAACGGCAUAUUCACUUUCUACUCCUACAGAGACCCAAAUUCUUUAGCCACCUUGAAAACAUUUGAAGAAGCAGUUGAAUGGGCCAAGUCUGGAGAAUUCACACAACAAGAUAUUGAUGAAGCUAAAUUAGCAGUAUUUGCUGCUGUCGAUGCACCAAUAGCUCCGUCAGACAAAGGAAUGGAUCAUUUCUUAUAUGGGAUUUCAGAUGAAAUGAAGCAGUCACAUAGGGAGCAGCUUUUUGCCGUCAACAGGGAUAAACUGGUUGAUGUAUCAAACAAGUACCUUGCAGUUGGAAAGAGCACUCACGGUCUGGCUGUACUCGGCCCAGAAAAUACAGAUAUCACCAAAGAUCCCUCAUGGGUCAAACGAUAAAUCGCUGCUGAACAUCCAAGUUACUGUAAAACAAGCUAGUCUUUGUGACUAUGUAAUUGGCUUUUUAAUUAACUUUUAACCCUGAUAUGGUCCAACUUAAAUAGUCAAACAAGUUGAGCUGAACAGCCAAAAUUGUCCUUCUUGAAAUAACUGUGAAGCUCUUCCAACCAUAUAGUAUUUGAGCGCAAGAAUAGUCUGUUCAGUUAUGGCAGAGAAAAAUCAUAAUAUUUUACUGAAGACUCACUCCUCCAAUCUUAAAUGGAAGCUAUAUAAAUUAAAUAUUUUUGUAUACAUAAAAUGAAAUAGUGUUUGUUUGAUAAUAUGCUAUUGGAUAUGUAAAGAACUAUGAAUACCA